AUGAAGCCCGAGUUGUCUGGGCAAAUGGAGGUGGAGGGUCUGCCAGGACGUACCCAAGCGUGCUCUAUGGAGCUUUCAAGACGGCAUUGUUCCGCAAGCAAGAGUCGCCAUGUUCGCCGUGAAGAAAUGCAUUGUGGUGACUGGCUGAAGCUAGAGAAAGUUACUUACAUAGAUUCUACUGGCUCGCGGGAACUCAUUUGGGAGCGCUUCGUCCGUACCACGCCGGCACACAACUCGCAUCGUACUCAAGUCCCGACGCUCGCUUCCUCGGCGGGUGCACUGAAUCGGUGUAACGAUGGCACGAAUAAAACAAAUGAGGUCUCACCGUCCGAAGCGAGGUCUGCGAGUGGCGCCACCUCUCAUGGCCGAACCGAGCACGACCUCGAAGGGUCAAAUAACCGCACUCAAACGGACGCUGUGAAAUCAGAUCGCGACUUCACCAGUCAAAUUUCUGGAGAACCGAAGGCAUCGGGACUGGCAAACGGCAGAAGUGAACCGAAAGAGAGGAGCUCUGUUGCAUCUAGGGAGGACAGCCCCGUUCUUGUGAAUGGCGUUCCUGGUUUCCAGGCGCAGGCUGACAGCGUGGCUGUCAUCGCCAUCACCACGGGCAGGGGGAGGGUUCUCAAAGACGACGAUACGGGCAUCAUCCUAGUGAGGCAGUACAGACCCGCUGUGGAUGCCAUCACGGUGGAGUUACCCGGCGGUCUCGUCGACAAGGGCGAGGACCUCGAGACGGCGGCACUGCGGGAACUGAAAGAAGAGACAGGUUUCGUCGGAAAAGUCGUUUCGGUGGGGCCGAAGGUGACUCAAAGCACGCUUGGCAGAGAAGAACUCCAUCUGGUGACCAUAUCGGUAGACCUCGAUUCCCCGGACAAUGCCGCUCCUCGCCAGCAGUUGGACUCUGAGGAAGACAUCGAGGUCACUAUAAUUCCUCUGCAAACCCUUUGGCAGGAGCUAAACAGUUUCUCACAGGAAGGAUAUACAAUAUUUGACAGUCUCUACAGUUUCGCGUAUGGCAUGCAGCUACAUGCACAAGGCUGUACCUCGAAGGCUUUCGUGCUCGAACCCUCGGUAGGACCCGACGGGAAGUGA